CACUGAAACGGAAGGUGUUUAUUUACCUUUCAAACCUGAUUGGAGAACUACCCUGAUGAAUAACCCUCUACCCUAACCCUGACGAGAUACUCAAAGUUACUUACAUAUUUUCAGUCUUAUCUUCCUUCACGUCCCAGAAUGACCCUUCACCCAAGAUUCUAUCUACGCCUCUCAAACAAAUAGGCUCUUUCAAUCCAUCAUGGCCGGGCGUCGCCGUCCAGCAACGCGUCGGACUGAGCCUGUCGAACCUCAUAGUGGCUAUGUUACAAGGCAAACCCGACAAAGCGCCAGACGUCCUGAGCCGUUUAUAGAACCUGAGCCCCAACAACUACCCGGAAUGACUCGACGCGGUACCUCGCGCCAUCACCAAAAGAGCCUUGAGAAUGUAGCCCCAAGUGCUUCUCCCAAAAGUACUCCUGAUCAUGCUAGUCCGGAGCCAGAAAACCAAGGCUUGCUUCCAGUAAAGGAAACUACACUGCCUCUGGGCGGCUCAUUGUCCGAAACGGAGGACGCUCAUGGAUCGCCCGAAAUGGACGCUGAUAAAAUCCAAGAUAUGCUUGAUUUUGACAUCCCUAAGCUCACACGCUGGUCCGAUAAACUAUAUGAUAUCUUGUCGUCUAUCGGCGGCAGCCAGCCAAGUGUGGAUGAUCGGAUAAAAUUAAACAGUUACAGGAAGUCCUUCAAUCAUGCUCGUCUUCCCUUCGCCAAUGGUAACACGCUCUUCAUCAAACCUAUCAAAUUGAGCGAAGAGUAUGAGUGUGAUCAAGGAGUGAGAUCUAAGAUCCAAGUUGCUAUCUCCUCUGCGAACCUCGUAUCACUUCUCACGUCGCUUCUGGAUGUCGAAUUAGAGAAGAAAAGGCCGUACGCAAUUCUUGAGCAACUGGACGAUAAUUUCCCGGCUUUGUCCGUCCUGGAUUCGCACAAGGACAAGAACAACGAUAUUGAGACAAUUCUCGAUCUGGCAUUUCGUGUUCGAUGUCGCCUUCUAAUCGAGUUGCUUGUCUCUGACAAUUCUAUUCCGUCGUUGGAGGGAUACUUUGCAUUCGCUACCGGUAUAUUCUGCGGAGAGACUAUUAGUGAUGUCGUCCACGCCCGAGAUGCAUUAGACAAAGGGCCGUACAGGCCGCUCGCCGGUGUAGAAAUCGGCGAAGAUACUCAUUUAUACGAAACCUAUCGUGCGCAUGUCCAAGAGCUCAUGUCCAAGCUUCCCUUUAACAACUUAUCUGGAUUACAAGCAUCUCUAGACCCAAAAUAUACCCAGGUAUCGAUCUUUUGCGAUAUCAGAUCAUGGGCUCUUCGCAUAUACCGGGAGCUUAACAGGGUAGCAGAUCAAGGCAAAGUCCGUCCCGCAAAUGAAAAUUCAAGGUCCAAGGUGCUUGUCGAACGUGCAGAAUCAGAGUCUUUAUUUGUCGAUAAUGGCGAUGAGGCUGAUGAUGAUUCGGACUCAGCAUCAGAUACAGAUGCUGAAGGAUAUAAUCAACUCCCGCCGCAAGGAUCCAAUCAAAAUUACAUCAAUAGUUCCGCCACACUAGCAGCCGUGAAGGAGACCGAGGAAAAGGCAUCGAUGCGUCCAGCAGUGAAGUCGCUUUCACAUCAACAAACCGCAAAGGGGGAAAAAAAGGCAUCGGAUACAAGAGAUGCAAUCCGCCUCCUAGAACCUAGUCAGGUUCUGAACCGUACACGGAAACGGUCGCGUCCUGGUGGGGAUAGCGACAACGAGGAUGACGGUGAUGAUUUUGAAGUCAAUGAGCAACUACCUGGCGAGUCUAGGAGGGUUCUUAACGAAAAUGCAAUUAUUCAAAGGCCAUCUCCUACACGUCCGCGAUUCUCCAAACAAGCCAAGUCUGGUAAAUCUCGAGACCUAUCACCACCGGUCGCUAGUUCGCGAGGAGUUUCUAGCGCACAGCCACCAGAUGACUUACAAGAUGACUACAAUCUACAAGAUCGGGAUAUUCUGGUACUCAGCCAGAACGCCCGGAAUAUCCGACGAGCAAACCAUUCCACCAAACCCCGACAGACCCGCACUCCGUGGUCCGCACACGAUACAUCGAGACUUGUGGACCUAAUAGCCGACCCUUCCUUGAACUGUUCCUGGAGUGCGAUGGAGAAAGCAGGUGGAUUUGAACAUCCACGAAACCAGCAAGCCUUGCGCGACAAGGCUCGUGGUCUAAAGGUUUGGUAUCUCGAAGGUGAUAAGAUUUUGCCUCCAGGCUUUGAUCAGGUUGCUUUAGGUCAAAAGGAGAAGGAUUUGGUCAUCAAGUGUGGCAGGAAUCCCGAUCGACGAGAAGAUGACCUGGACGAAAACGGUCAAGUUACGAGUAACAUAUGGGUCGGAUGAGGUUAUGACAAUAAAAAAGACAUGGGUUCGUUGGACGUUGGCUCAACUUGCACAUUCGCCCCGGGCUAAGUAGUGGAGAGAUGGAGACAGAGAAGGGUCAAUUCACCUAAGGAGUUGGGUGAAUAGAAAGUAAUUUGCUUCAUGGGUUUCCCUAUCUUCCGUACCCUUGAAGAGGUGUUUUAGCAACUAGAUACCCCGUCAAGUGUAGUUUAGCCGGUAAAAGAAAUCAACCGUGAAAUACUUUUCUUGCUG